UUCUUCUUUUUCUUGGCGCUGCGAGCGAGAGACAGGGAGAGAUGGCCAAGAUCACGGGAGCCGAAUCAUUCGAGGCUGAGGCCGUCUGGUUAGGGCUGCCGCGGCGGAGCACCAUCACGGUGAGCAUCGAGAUGGACAGGCCCGUGCUGAACCCCAAGCUCCAUGGCUUCCUGCUGUCGCACCGCGCCCUCCGCAGCUUCCUCAACGUCGGCGCCGCCGCCGCUUGCAAGGUCGCCGCCGAGGAUGCUUUCGACUGCCUCACAACAGGGGGCGUUUCAAGGCACAAAGUUAAGCAUUCAGUGAAGAACAUGUGCAAGGAGGGUUCGUACUGGGGCGCUGCUGCUGGAGCUUUUGAGGCCAUCGAGUAUGGAUUGGAGCUGAUGCGCGGUCGCUCUGACUGGAAGAACGCGAUGAUCGGAGGCGCGUUAGCUGGUGCUCUCAUCUCCGCCGCCAACAGCAGCCACAGAGACACCAAGCAGGUGAUCAAGCAUUCCAUCGCCGGUGGCGCCAUUGGAACGGCUGUUGAGUUCAUCAGCCACCGCAGGCACGUCGUUUUCGGUCCCAUUAGACUCGAGGAUACCGAUGAAAUUGAGCAGAUUAAAAUAUGGGAGGUGCCCCAAGAUGCCAAUAAAAGUGGCGCCAAAAUGGUAAAAUCUUGGGAAUUCAAAAACGCCACCGAUUGGAUCUGUGGGCUGUGGGCCAAGGACUGACGCCGCCUGCAAAAUGUCCUUUUAUCGGGCAAGCUAGCCCAGCCUGCUUUGGGAAAUGGUUCUUUACAUGCAAAUCCACUCAUUCGCGAACCAUAGGUAUUCUUUACCGUGGUAUCUUUAAAAUUUUAGUGAUCGUCAUCUGUAUUUUUUUACCAUGGUACCCUUAUACUACCUAUACUACUUUUGAAUACUAACCAUAUCAUAGGUGAAAA